AGAUUUACUGUUGAUGGCGUCGAAAAAAACAUCCGUACUUUACAAUUGCUUCAUUUGACUAGCUCUUUCGAUAUUUCCGGUGAAUACCUGUACUCGAUAUUACUUGAUACUGUGCUAUUGCCCAGUCAGUCGUCUCGUGUAACACCAGAAGCACACUAAACUAAUAAGAGAAUUCUCAACAGGCAGACAGACUGCUCAAUUGCUAAUGCUCUCUUCUUAGUGGAGUAGCCAGGCGCCGCACUGGCUGCCACAUGAGCGCCUCCGGGCAUCACGGAGACAAGCCUGCCUGUCUUCUCUCACACACCUGUUGCCAUUCCACUCCAUCGAACGCAAUGUGCAGCACGUGCAUGUGGAGUUAUUACGAUAUAUGCGCAUGGUAAAUUUUACGAGAUUAUGAUGAUCGAACUGUUCCACAAAAAUUGGCCCGGAAUAUCUGGUUACCGAUAAAGCCUAUAGGGAUCAUGUUGGUUGUGCAACUGAUUUUAUCGAGUAUCGUGGCGGUGGGCGCCAGCGACAUCAGUGGAUUUUACGCCGAUAAUGGCAUCGAUCAGACGGUGCUGUAUGCGCCGUUGAAGCGCGAGAAGAAAGUUCUCCAGCACGAGAUGUUGGGGCUGCUGGGACUACACUCCAGGCCACGGCCGCCCGCGCACGAAACAGGCCAGGCCGCGCCGACCUUCAUGAAGAAUUUAUACGAGUCCUUCGUGGACGAGGACACGGGCGUGCUGAAGGUGGACAACGAGAAGCUCCUGGCCAAAGUCCACGAUCUCACCUGGACGGAGAAUAAUUCCACGCUGAAUUCGGUGAAUGAUGCCGACGUCAUUAUGAGUUUUGUCAACCAAGCGCAGCGGCACAGUCUGCAUCUGCGACAGGAACGGGACCGGCGCUUCCUCUUUGACCUGUCGGAAGUGUCGGCCGAUCACGCCGUCAUCGGGGCGGAACUUCGAUUAUUCAAAGCCUACAGUUGGCAGCAGGAUCCGCUGGAGAAUUUCACCAUUUAUGUCUACAUGAUCAAGCGAGGACAGGAUGCAGAAGACCGGGAUAUUGAGCUGCUGGACGAGCAGCAGACGUACACCGUCUUCGAAGGCUGGAUCAUCUUCAACGUUACGCGAGCGGUGGAGGCGUGGCUAGCCUCGCCCAGCACCAACUACGGCCUCUUCAUCGACAUCCUGUCGGCGACCAAUGAGACCAUACGGCCAUCGCAGAUCUUCAUCGCCGGCGACCGGCUGGAUGAUGACGAUGACAAAGAGGGAUUUAUGGUGGGCUUCUUUAAGCAGCGCAGCGAGGAGUCGCUCUUCCGAGUCCGGCGCUCCCCGGACCCCGGACAGACGCCGCGUCGCUCGCGCAAAAAGCAGGCGCAGUCGUCCACGCAUGAUUUUGAUAGCCGGUUGUCGCCGUCGCAGUGGAAUCCGUUUGCCGGAUACGACGCCGGGUAUUCCAGCCGCACGUGUCAGAAGCGAACUCUUUACGUCAGUUUCAAGCUCCUUGGUUGGCAGGACUGGAUCAUCGCGCCGGACGGGUACGCGGCGUACUUCUGCCACGGCGAGUGCUCCUUCCCGUUGAACGCGCACAUGAACGCCACUAACCACGCCAUCGUGCAGACCCUGGUGCACCUCUUCAACCCCUUCAUCGUGCCCAAGGCCCUCUGCGCCCCCACCAAACUCAGCGCCAUCUCCGUGCUGUACUUUGACGACAACUCCAACGUGGUCCUCAAGAAGUAUCGCAACAUGGUGGCCAAGGGCUGCGGCUGCCACUAACCGUCGUUUGUAGUCGAAACGAAAUGUCGUAACUUCGGACCAUGGUGUUCCCGGGCGGGAAACUGGCCACUCGAUUAGCGAUCUCAUAGAAAUGUUUCUCUGCGCAGCUACUGUAAUAAAAAAAAACAAUUCCGUCGUGCCAGUGUAUUUUUGCGACCGGCCGGAAAAAUCACUGCAUCACCGUAUUCUUAUCAAUAUUUGUAUACCAGGAUCACAUUGUUUUUGUGAAGAUUUUAAAUUGCGCCUUUAUGCAGAAGUCUGAUUCGUCUGAAAAGUCACGACAUUCUCAGCAGGAAAAAAUGCGCCGGGCCUAACGGUAUCCCUCAUAAACUCUUGCAGGAGAUUUAUCCACUGCUGGUG